AUUACCCAAAAACAUAUUUCAAUUUUUUCUCUCUAGGACAAUAUGUUGGGGAAGAAGAUUGGUUCAUUCAAGAACCUAGCCAAGAAGGCGAAAGUUCGGGGUGACGAUGAAGCAUCACAAUGUGAACGGUUACUACUCAAGGACGACGUUGAAGAAGAUGUAGGUUCACCAUCGUGCAAAACACCAACCGGGUGUUUCACCGUUUACAUUGGUGAGGAAAGACGUAGGUUCGUUAUCCCAAUGGGCUACUUGUCGCACCCUCUAUUCAAGAUGUUGCUAGAGAAGUCGUCAGAAGAGUUUGGUUUUGGUCAGAAGUAUGGAUUGGUGGUUCCAUGUAGUGUCAAUGCUUUCCAAGAGGUGGUAAGUGUCGUGGAAUCAUGUAAUGGAAAAUGUGAUUUGAGUCAUUUGGUUGAGGAAUUUAUUUAGAUUAUUUUGUGCACAUAUAUAGAAGAGUAAAUAAUUGAUUUCAACAUAUAUAUUGUAUUGU